AUGGCUCAUGUACUAAUUUCAGCUUUGUUGCUCUGUGGCAUGGGUCUGCUCACAGUUAUUCAAUCAUCUCAGAUAGCCACUAUUCUGGCUCAGCCAGGAGACACUGUCACUAUCUGGUGUCAACACACUGUGAGAGCUAAAGGGCACAUUAACUGGUUCAGGCAAAGAAACGGUGCUUUACCUCUUAGGAUUGUAUACAUGAUGUACAGCUUAAAACUGAAUAUGACCGCAUAUCAUUUCAAUGAUUUUAAACCAGAUCAUAUGGUUAUGUCGCUGUACAGCAAAAAUACGUCCCUAACAAUAUUGAAUGUUAAUAUUUCUGAUUUUGGCCUAUAUUACUGUGGCUGGGAACGUCAUAUGACAUUUGGUGAUGGAACACAUCUAGAUGUUCAAGAGAGGAGUGCAAUGCUGACAAAUGACACCGACAUGUCAAGAAAGGGUAACAAGAAAAGUCCCAAGUCUACAACAGAUUGUUAUGUCUUUCAUAAGCUGACCUUUAUUUUUGGUGGUAUUAUUGUUAUUCUCCUUAUCAUUCCUCUCACCCUGACUAUCAUUAAGAUACAGAGAAGAAAAUCAAAGAAAACAGAUGUGGAUCCUCAUGGACAACAAAAUGACAAGGAGCCACAUUCAGCUAUCUAUGAUACUCUGCAGUUCUCAAAACAGAAAAUCAGGAGAGCAAAAAUAUAUACAGAGGAUGCACAUGUGGUGUAUUCUGCUACAAGAUAAUAAAAUAGUUUAUUAAUGGAAAGUUCAGACAUUUUAUGUAAUGUUCAUAAGCCAGUAAACAAGUUGGAAUUUUACUUGUUUAAAGGAAUAUUCUGGGUUCAAUACAAGUUAAGCUCAAUCGACAGCAUUUGUGGCAUAAUGUUGAUUAACACAAAAAUUAAUUUUGACAUGUCCCUCCUUUACUUUAAAAAAAGCAAAGAUCAAAGUUACAGUGAGGCACUUACAAUGGAAGUAAACUGGCCAAUUUUGGAGGGUUUAAAGGCAAAAAUGUUAAAGGCUUAUAAUUUUAUAAAAGCACUAACUUUAAUUCUGUUUAAAAAAAAAAUCACUUUAAAAGUGUUAAAAGUGAUUUUAUCACACUAAAAUCAUGUUAACAUGCAUAUUGUUUAUGUCUUAUGGCUAUACUUUUGAAGUAGUGAGUAUUUUAAUGUUUAAGGAUAGGCCCCAUUCACUACCAUUGUAAGUGCCUCACAGUAACCCAGAUUUGUGCUUUUUUUUAAAGAAAAGGUUCUUCUUUUUUUUUUCUUUUUAUGCCACAAAUGCUGUCGAUUGAGCUUAACUUGUAUUGAACCCAGAAUAUUCCUUUAAUAUGUAUAUUCCAUUAGUAAUUUUUACAAUUUAAUAUGUAUGUGAAGUCUGCCAUGUUAAAUAUUUAUGACCCUACAAAGAUUGUGAAAAUAAAUUGCAUGUAAACUUAGAUGUGAUUUUAUAUCAUGAGGAUUGGA